AUGUAACGGCUCUCUCACUAAAUUAAAUACUUUUGCAACAUUCCAAUUCAAUUAAAGAAAGAGUUCCACAAGACAUAUCAUGACAUAUAACGAAUAGCUAGCCUUCCCAUUUAUUUAAUUAUAUCAUGAACAAGUAAAUCAAAGUUUCAGCUAAUAAGCGGAAGAAAUACUUUUCAGGUUUCCCGAGGGAGAGCAGGUACUUCAGCAGGUACACGUCGAUUUUCAGUCAUAAAUAGAAGUAAAAUUGUUGUUAUCGGCUUUGGAACGUAUACUUCAUAGUUAACCUGGGAUAGUUUGAUCAGCUAAUUUACUACAGCAGAUUUUAAAACUGGCUUCAUAAUAUUAAAACUCAUUCACCAAUAAAGAAAUAUUCUUGUUCUUUUAUAGUUUUGAAAUCAUUUCGUUAAAAAAUUGCACGCCUAUGAAGGGUGUGGCUCUUCCGAAAAAAAACAUGCAUCACUCAAUUUGUGUACUUAAAUUCAAAUAUUAAUUAACUGGAUAAAUUUAUAGCUGAGCUAUUUAUCCACCAGGAAUUAAUUGAAAUCCGACUUAUUGCCGAGGUGCGAGCAGUUAAAGGAAAUAAUAAGAUCUCGACCUUAGUAUGGGAGGGAUAAUCAGUACGAUACGUGACUUAAAAGUCAUUCUUAGAGACUUGAAAAUAACGUUGAAAUUCACAGCUAAAAUUGUUCUCAAAGUUCAUGGAAUCGUUGAUGAUAUGGAACAGACAAUGCAAGAUCUGAAGCAAACCGUUAAUGGACUAUCAGCACGUCUGCCGAAGAGCCCGUGYCACAAAAGCAUAGACGAGGCGUCAAUGGCUUAUKUAAACGAUGUUGUUCAUACCAUAGAAAGCAAGGCUGAAUCAGUAAAAGCUUCUUUGUCUAACGCUGUUACAGUUCUCACAAGCGAUGACUUGAUCAAGAACACAAGCGCUGCAUGGGAGAACUUGGUAAACCAAAGCAAAUUGAAUGAAGUGGUAGGAAAAUGGGCGAGCGUUCCUGAAGAUCUUGGUGAUUUGGUCAAACAAGACUACGAAAAAUUAACCAAUUAUCUUCAAUGUUCAGAGGAAAACCUUUCAAAGGAAAAAAUGGACGCGGAAAAACCCUCUACAGAGAUAACACAUUCUUCCUCAACUGAAAAUUUGUAUAUAGAAAAUUCACCAAAGAGAAGUGAGAUGAUUUCAGGUGAUGAUAUGGACAAUACAAAGAAGAUAAUUUUCACAAUCCCAUUGACUGUCAGGAAAGAGUGCGCGCUUCCUGAGUUUGUGAUCGAAAAAAUAAUUGUAGACAAAAUUGAAAAAGGAAGAGCUUUUGAUAUCUCUGUCCCUACACACUUUUCAGAUUGUUCAAACUGGUUUUCUGCCAUAGUAAAAGCAAACCAAGAAGUGGACAGGAAGCUUGACUUGAACGAAAAGAAUACAACUAGUUCCAUUCUUGAGCAGUGUGAAAAUAUAAAACCAAAUAUUGAAUUCCAGAGGAGAUGUGUGUCUUUACUUCUUGUGAAUUUGCUUCAAGGACUUGCAGACAAUGAAACAAUUGGUGAAUUAAAAGGAAGCAGCUUACUGGUUAAUGCAACCAGUAUGCCAUUUAAAGAGAUUUGGGCAGACAAGCUUAUCCAAUGCUUAUUACACUAAUGCGUGCCAUUGGUAUGGCAGACCCAUUUCAUGUCCAUACUACAUACAGAAAGAAUUUCAAAUUCAGAUACUGAAAAGAAUGACUGGCUUGAAUUUUCUCAACCAAGUAAUAUAAUAUGAUUCAGAAUAAUGGUGAAAUAAUGUAAAGUAAGAAAACAAAGUUAUGUUUUUCAAAAAAAGGUACUUAAGCAUUGCACCCAUACCAUGUCGUUGAGGUGAAGUUCAAGUCUCGACAAGUAAGAGGGCAUGGGCUCAGAAGC